AUGUCGAACGCGAAUCAAGCAGACGCCAAGAUCCAGGAGCUACUGGCAAAGCCUCGCGCCGAGCUCACAGAGUACGAGAUCUCCCUCCUGGAGACCCACGAGUUCACUUCUGGCCCACUCUCCCUCCUCCAAACCGCUGUGCGACAACAUACCCAAGUCCUCAUCUCCUGCCGCAACAACCGCAAGCUCUUGUGCCGAGUCAAGGCGUUCGACCGACACUGCAACAUGGUCUUGGAGAAUGUGAAGGAGAUGUGGACGGAGAUCCCGAGAUUGAGCGACGGCAAGAAGGGCAGACCGGUCAAUAAGGACCGCUUCAUCAGCAAGAUGUUCUUGCGAGGCGACAGCGUCAUCCUCGUCCUUUUGAGCUGA